AUGCAUCUAGCAACACAUCCUGAAAGCAGAGCCACAAUAUCCAACACAAUAGCCAAGGACAACCAAGACAACAAUAGAAAUGAUACUGAGAGAACCAUAUCUGAGGGGAAUCAAGCGGAUUCGCUCUUUGAAGAUGUAAAUGGCACUCGAGGCAAUAAAAAUAACCGCGACGGUGAUGAGGACAAUGAAGAAAAAGAUGAUGAUUAUUGUGAUGAUCAAGUGGAAGAGGAAGCAAUAUUGUCAAAGCAAAACGAAACUGAUAAUACAACAGAGGAAAAUAAAGUUAUGAGGAACCAAGAAGAAGAACUGCAGGAACUUGAAAGAACAACUACAAGAAAUCAAGGCCCAGUUAAAUUGUUAAAAGAUUAUGAAGAAAAUCAACAUGAUAGGAAUGAGAGCGAGAAGCAUCUCAUUGCAGAGUUUGGACACAGCAAUGCAGUCUAUUUAUGA